AUGGAGGAUCCCAGCCGGAAGAGAAAACGGGCGACUAAAUCUGAAGCUCCCAAAAAGAACGCCAAACAGAUACAUGAUGACGAGGAUCUUGGUGAAGUGCUUGACUCAUCAGACAUCAUUGCUCAAAUCACCAACAAAAAACACGAACUCGAUCAACCUCAUAACCAAUCGCUGAUCUCUUAUGAUGUCGAGUCCAUUAUACCGACUACAGAAACAAGAUCACCCAGUGCAUUGAGCUCAGAGCCGGUUCAAAAGACUACCAACACGAAAAAGAAGAAACAGACUGUUGUAGUGUCGAGUUUACAAGCUCAACGUGAAGCUCUUCCUGUCUAUCAAGCAAAGAAACAACUUAUGGAUGUGGUUGCAGCAAACAAGACCUUGAUUGUAAUCAGUGAGACUGGAUCUGGCAAGACGACUCAAAUACCACAAUUCCUACACGAAUCAGGCCUCACCAAACGCGGCAUAAUAGCAAUAACCCAACCUCGUCGAGUAGCAGCAAUCUCAAUAUCCAAACGAGUAGCAGAAGAAACAAACACUACACUGGGUGGUCUCGUCGGAUACUCGAUACGUUUCGAAGAAGUGUGCUCCCCACAGACCAAAAUCAAGUAUAUGACUGAUGGAAUGCUGCUACGAGAACUGUUGUCGGACACGCUGUUUAAAAAGUAUUCUGCUAUUGUCUUGGAUGAAGCGCAUGAACGGACGCUGAGAACUGAUGUGCUGUUUGGGAUGGUGAAGAGUAUUAGAGAGGUUAGGAAGGAUUUGAGAAUUAUUGUUAUGAGUGCGACGCUGGAUGCGCAGAAGAUGGCGGACUACUUUGAGGAUGCGGUAGUCGUAAACAUCCCAGGCCGUCAAUACCCAGUCGAAAUCUUCCACACAGACGAAAAGCAAGAAGACUAUCUAGACGCAGCAGUAUCAACAACCCUCCAAACACACGCAAAGUACCCACCAAACGGUGACAUUCUCGUAUUCCUAACAGGUCAAGAAGAAAUUGAAUCCGUAACCAACAUAUUAAAUGAAGCAUCUCGAGAACUACCGCCUACAGCACUGAAACUGCUCGUCGCACCUAUAUUUGCUAAUUUGCCGACCUGGCAGCAGUCGCAAGUUUUUGAGCCUACUCCGGAGGGACAUCGGAAGGUUGUGCUGUCUACUAAUAUAUGCGAAACGAGUAUCACAUUGUCGGGAGUGAAGUAUGUGAUUGAUACUGGGAUGGCCAAGUCUCGUGGAUUCAAUCCAAAGACAGGCUUCGAAGUGCUACGAGUCGAACCAAUAUCACGCGCAUCAGCAAAGCAACGAUCAGGUCGUGCAGGUCGUGAUUCUCCCGGAAUGUGUUUUCGUCUAUACACCAAAUCAGAUUAUAGUCUGCUGCCUGAAACAACACCUCCUGAAAUCUUGCGAAAGAAUCUAUCAAGUGUGAUAUUACUCUUGAUGGCUUCUGGAGUAUCUAAUUUACUCGAAUUCAAGUUUUUGGAUGCACCGCCGAGAGAAGCUUUGGAGAGGGGGUUGGAGACUUUGUAUGCGCUGGGUGCUAUUGGUGAUGAUGGGAAGCUUACUGAAUUAGGAAAAUCAAUGGCAGAGUUCCCAGUUGACCCUCCAUAUGCUCGCGUCUUGCUUAAAUCCAAAGCAAUGAACUGCGUACCUGAAAUUAUCUCUAUUGUCUCCAUGCUCAGUGUGGAUUCAGUCUUUUUCACACCCCAUGAUAAACGUGAAGAAGCAACUGCAGCGAGGAAGAAGUUUACUAGCUUUGAUGGUGAUCAUAUAAGUCUCUUGAACGUACUACGAGCAUACGACGACGUGAAGAAGAACAAGCAGUGGUGCCUUGAUAAUUUCGUUAAUAGUCGUGCAAUGCAUCAAGUCACGGAUAUUCGAACCCAAUUGGCCCAAUUCUGCCACCGCGCACGUCUCCUCCCAAGCAAAGAAAUCACACUACCACAGACAAUCAAUUCCGAAAACAUUCUGAAAUGUUUCUUGUCUGGAUUCUUUAUGAAUGCUGCUGUCGCGCAUCCGGAUGGUAGUUUCAAGACGUUGGUUGGUGGACGUGGUGUUCAUGUGCAUCCGAGCUCGGUUGUGUUUGGGAAGAAGGUUGGGGGUGUGUUUUAUAAUGAGUUGGUGCACACGUCAAGACAAUAUAUGAGGAAUGUGUCUGUAGUGAAUCCAGCAUGGUUUGCUGAGGCUGCUCCUCAUUACUAUGGUCGAAGUUGA